AUGAGUACCUUAGUUAUUGGAUUAGGAGGUGUAGGAACCGUUGCUGCUUAUACCUUACAGAAAAAGGUCGAAGUCACUGCUAUUGUUAGAUCAGGACACGAAGAAGUAAAAGCCAAUGGAUUUACUAUCAAAUCUGCAGAUUAUGGUGAAGUACAAUACAAACCAACUAAUCUUGUCAAAGAUUUGAAAGGUGCUGAAGAAUUUGGACCUUUUGAUAAUAUUGUAGUAUCAACAAAAGUCAUACCAAAAGAUAAAAAUAUCUGGGAUGAUGUCAAAGAACAUCCUAACUUAUUCAAAAAGGGAACUAACGUGGUUUUGAUCCAAAAUGGUAUUGAGAUUGAUAAAUAUUGGAGUCUUCCUGAUGUGAACUUAAUCAGUGGAGUAUCAUAUAUUUCCUCCACCAAAGUUGGUACCACUAUUAACCAAGUUGCUCCUGAUGAAGUUUCAUUCGGUUUAUUCGAUGGUGGUGAUGAAGAAGCUUUGAAAGAAUUUGUUGCAUUAUAUACCAAUGAUGUUAACAAAGCUAACAUUAAAAUUGAUGAUAAUGUUAGAUUCACUAGGUUGAAGAAAUUAUUAUAUAAUGCUUCCUACAAUACCAUUGGAUGUCUUAUGAAUGUUGAUGUUGGAAUCAUUUACACUUCACCAGAUUUAGUCAACAAGAUUAGAGAUGUUAUGAAGGAAAUCCAAUUAGUCGCUAACAAAGACUUAGAAGCUCACAACUCAGACAAAAAGAUCACUGAUACUGAUGUUGAAAACAUGAUUAAGUUCACCAGGGAAAUCGAUGUUCCUGUUAACUACCAACCUUCAAUGUUGGUCGAUUUUAGAAAUGAUAGAGAAAUAGAAGUUGAAGUUAUUUUAGGUAAUUUGAUUAGAUUAAACAAAGAUGAUAAGAUUCCUUUAUUAGAAUUCAUCUAUGAUGGUUUACAAGUCAUCCAAUAUACUUUAACCAAUAAAUUAAGACAUAAGUCAUAA